UACCUGGAUAAUUUAUAGCUACUCUGGAGUUAGAAAAUGCUGCUGAAUUUACUACAAAUUUCAGUGCUGAAGAGUUAUGGCUUGCCUCUUUAUUUUCUGCAGGAUGAGAAGUUCAUUUUGAAACGUGAGCUUUAUGGUUGGCUUGUGAAUCUUGAGAAGGAAAAGGGUAUGACUAUGUGCAGGAAAACCAUGGACAAAAUUCUAAAGAAACUUGAGCAUCAAGGGCUCUGCAAAUGUGUACAUAUGAAUGAUAGUCCUAGCUGUAGUCGUAGUGCCGAAGUGGUCUUGCAUCCAUCCGUAUCCACUGAAAGUAUCUCUGCAGAACUUAAAGAAAAAAUCAGGUCCUUUAAACAGCCAAAACGAGUCCUGGUCAAGACUCUGGACCCCAUGUGUCCAGAUCCUCAAACUCCCAGAACAGAAGCCACACAAGCUUAUGGGUCCACUCUUGGUAAUAUGGUCCGUGCAAAGUCAACCUUAAAGCAGGCAAUUCAAGUUUAUUGUCGGGAGUUUGAAAAAGAGCACCAUAAGUAUCAAGGUGACAUUCUUACUAAUCAGGAGACUAGAGUAAAAGAAGCACAUGCUUCAGCAACUCACAUAAGAAAGAGAUCUCAAGAAGCCAUAUCACGGGAGUGCACAGAACUUGAUAUAGCAAGACGUAUGAGGAGACAUAGUCCUGCCAGACAGCUCGAUAGAGUUGAACAAUUCGGGGAAGGAGAAGCUGUAUCAAUAGCUCCUUCCAGACCACAGGACAGUAUUUCGCAGGCCUAUGACAAAGCAGGGGAUUUUCCACCAGAUAUUGAAGAGUCUGAACCUAAAAAAGGCAAAGUGUGUACUGCGUCCUUUAACAAGAAUGCCUCUUCAGAUAUGAACCCCACAUUUCGAAGAAGGUUUACAUGGACAGAUGAAGCUGAUAGGAAGUUGGUAGUCCAGUACACAAGGAUCCGUGCAGCAAAAGGUGCAAAGUUUCAACGCAUAGAUUGGAAUCAACUCCCUGAUCUUCCAGCACCCCCAAAAUGCUGCAGAAGAAGAAUUUCCUUGCUCAAAAAGAACUUAACGUUCAGAAAAUGCUUGAUGGGCCUCUGCAACUUGCUAAGCAAACGGUUUCUAAAGCACCUCGAAGAAAACCGGGAUGCCUUGCAUAACAAUAACAGCAAACUUGUGAUGAAUGAUUUAUCCAAGAAAGGUCUUAACAUAGGUUUAUCUAGUAAUUCUGAAAACGCCUCAGUGGUAGGUUCUCAGAAUGGAGAAUGGGACAACUUCGAUGACAAAACUAUAAAGGCAGCACUUGAGAAGGUUCUCCAGUAUAAGCACAGAGCCACAUUGGAGGAACACCAGGAUGAAUGUAUAUACAAUGAAGAAAAUGUAAUCAAUGACUCUCCUAUUAAAUUACAUCUAUAUGUUAUAAUGACAUUGAGCUUCUCUGAAAUUCGAGUGCUUCUGCAGGAUUCCCUGCCCUCUGAUUUGGUCCUUUCUGACAACUGCAUUGAAGAUGUUAAUCACCAUAUUUUGGGACAGUAUAAAGAUUCUGUAGACCAAUCAAACUCCUGUCAUCUUCAUAAGAAGCAUACCAAGCUGUCGAAUAAUAGGAGGAAGGUCAAUAGAAAAGUCCAUAGAUCCGUGGCUGUUUCUAAUGCUGUGGAGCUACUUAAACUUGUCCUGUUAAGCCCCUCGAGAGAAGACGACGUGCUCAAUCAGAGUGCAGAACUCCUACGUCAAUUUUCAAAUGAUGAGCUCUUUGCAGCGUUUAGUUACCUGAGUGAGAAGAAAUUCAUGAUUUUGCGUGAUGGAGAUCAACCUUUACUUUCUCGCACGUUCUUGGAGAAUAUUUCAAAGUCACAGUUCCCCCCUGGUACUGGACAGCAAGCAGCUGAAUUUUCCAGAUGGCUUCGGGAAAGACAAAAGGAUCUUAUCCAAGGGCAAGUUUUUCUUGACUGUGAGUUACAAUGCGGAGAGCUCUUCCAUUUGUUUGGUUUAGUUUCUUCAGGAAAAUUCAAUAUUUCACUAAGCAUGCCUGAAGAAGGUGUUGGAGAGGCAGAAGACUUCAGAAGCUUGAAACGUAAGCCUGCUGGUGAUGAAUUUCCGGACUAUGGAAAGGCUAAAAGACCAAAAUCUAUAGCAACAGAUGUUCUCGAAAACCGACGAGAGAAGGGUUUUCCAGGGAUUAGGGUUCUGGUGGAACCUGCAUCCAUUUCAGGAGCUAAUGUCCUGGUAUUGCUUGAGGAUGGAGAUCUCUUAGCUGCUGAAACUUGCUUGCCUCAGGAAACAAAUAAGAAGGCUGUUACAGAUCAGUUCAAUAAUAUUUGGUUUCCUCCUGAAUGUGACCAUAAGGUAGUUCAAGAACUUGACAAUGUAGUCCCCAUAACCAGGAAAAGUGAUGAGUCAUCUUGGGAUGCUAUGAUGCAGUAUGCCGGAUAUUUGAUGUGGACACCCUCUGAUGGUAAGCAAGUAACUUACCUCAAACCUGACAUAUUUAGGGCGGUCUAUAGUUCCCUUAAAAGGGCUGGCGAGCAAGGUUUAACCGCCAAAGAAGUCUCACAUAUGAUAGAGAUGCCUGGUGAGGCAAUGCCUGAAAUUCUCAUGGACGUAUUUCGAGCAUUUGGAUUGGCAAUAAAGGUCAACGGAUACAACUCAACUCGUCUAGUUGAUGCUUUAUAUUGCUCCAAGUACUCUUUGCCCUCAAGGGCAGUUUCCGGUGGGGACUGUAGAGAUCAUUCCUGGAUGAAGCCUCGGGAGAGGAGUGAUGACUGCAUGGCACCUCAUCCUAAAGAUAAUAAUUGUGAUGUUGGUUGUCUCAAUUUAGAGAGAGUAACACAUCGCGAUACUGAUGGAAUUCGCAUGACAACUGUUACCGACUGUCACAAAGAUGUGGGUGUAUCGACAAAUACAGUCCCAUCUAGCAGUGAGGAUAGUUUGCUGGACAGUGCGGUCGUGCCAGUGGAAGAUUCGAAGGAGGCUACAAGUAUUAGCUUCUCUUGUGAUGACACACAUAAGCCAAUCCUGCCAUGGUUAAACAUAGAUGGGACUGUCAAUGAGACAGUCUUCAAUGGGCUAAUACGCAAUAUCCUUGGUUUCGUGAUGCAAAAUCCAGGAACAUUAGAGGGUAAUAUCAUCCGUCACGUGGAUAUUCUCAACCCCCAGAGCUGCAGAAAGCUGUUGGAUUUGAUGAUUCUGGAUAAACACCUCAUUGUGAGGAAAAUGCAUCAAGCUACAUCUUGUGGCGGUGCCCCUCCCAUGUUGUGGCCAAUCCUCGGGAACAGGUUCCGAGAUUCGAAGUCCAUUGUCCGUGAUCAUUUUUUUGCCAAUCCCAUGAGUGCAGCCAUCUUAUAGGGAGAACCGAAACAGAAGCAUUUUCACUGAUCUAAGUCGUUGGUAUUUAUACUGGGUGCUGUGCCAACUUCAGGAUAUAGGGUGCCAACAUGAGCGUGACAACCCCUAAAGGAAGAGGACAAGCUAAUCUUGGAUAUUUCAGUGCCAUCAUCAACGCCAAAAUUUCCGGUCAUCAGAGCGGGACUCACCAUCAGUAAACUAUACAUGUCUUCGUCAAUCAAAUAUCCCAUGCCAGAACUCAAAGCAAGGACCGCCGGAUUGUGAAGUGCACGUUUUUAAAGAUAAAUUUUCGAAUCCCACGUGUGACUUGUCUUAUUCCCUGGACAUAUCCAUUUUCUCCUCGUAAAUUCGAAAAGUGAUGUGCAAACUGUAACUUUUUUAUAUGUAACUUAUCCUUUCAUUUUUAAAGCAUAUAUCCGUAUUUAGUUCA